AUGUUGGCCGAGACUGGUUGGCCGCCCAAGUCCCCACGCGACGCUCUGUUGAGCUCUCCUGGGGGCCGGAGGAAGUUCCAAGACAUGCAACGCCGACAGCUUCUCUCAUCGCCCUUAAAACGCUCCAACACAACCCCGAAUUUCCGAUCGAAGGCGAGUCAAGUAUUGGACGAGGAUGAAGAUGAAGUGGAAGAGGACGAAGAGACACUGGAACUGCGGCUCGCCGAGAUCCAGGCCCGUCUCAAGCUGAAACAACUCCAAAAAUCCCGGGGUCGGUCCGGGACUCUCACAUCUUAUACAGAAGGAGAUGAAGAUAGCUUUGGCUCGGGUCCGCACUCUCAGCGUCAGAUCAUGGCCCCGCCGAGAAGCCCCCCGCCUAGCCAGCGAAAAGCGCGGACAGAUGAGAUCCAGGUUCCUGUAUCACCAACCAGACGGCCAGCACCGGCUCCUGAGCCUUGGUCGCCUCGAAGGUACCAACUGGGGAUUGAUAAAGGACGGAAAGCAAGUGACGUGUCAUUGAAACGACCCCCGGUCCCAAGAAUGGAGCCAAGGCCCGCCAGUCAACUUGGAACGCGCAGCGGCGCAAUGUCUCGCUCAAGCGACAUAAUUCCAGCGAGACCUCAGACUUCCCCUGGCGGGGGAGGAAUCAAUCGAAUCAAAAGCUUUAGUGAGAGGAUGGCUGAGGGCCGAGCAGCUGAACAGGCUGAACAAGCCCGCCUGGAAAAAGCAGAAAGAGUGCACGCAAAUCGCAGCUCAGCUUUCCAGGUGGAUAAAAAAGAAAUCGAGAAUUUCAAGGCUACAGCUGCAAACGAACCGCAAUCGACACUUCCCUUGUCUAUGAAUCGAGACCCAGAGGAAUACGCAUUUAAUCGUGCCGAGAUUCUUCGAUCACUUAGCCGGCCAGGUGGGCUGAAACGCAGCCAAACAACCCCAAACAUGAACGAAGGCAGUGACUCUCAACAUAAGAACACCGAUGUGACAAAACGAACCCCGGACCCCUCAAAAUUUGAAUCUUAUUCAAAGUUGAAUCUAUCAAGCCGAAUACUACCACAUUCAUUCUUAACACGCACCCUGACUGAUAAAACUGUCCUCCGCAUACCCGAUCUUCUCAAGACCAUCAAAGGUCCGGCGUUUGAACUUCCAGAAACAAUUGACGGGGAUUUCGUGGUAGUUGGAAUUGUCGCAUCCAAGUCUGAACCCAGGCAGACGAAGUCGGCAGAUGGCUCAACAAACAAAAAGGUCGAUCCUUACGACGACGGCCUGAACAACACCAACCGAUACAUGGUUAUCACCUUGACUGAUCUCAAAUGGACAAUUGACCUGUUUCUGUUCGACACCGCAUUCCCUCGCUACUACAAGAUCACGGAAGGAACUCUUGUUGCAAUUCUGAACCCCAUAAUCCUACCUCCUCCGAAGCACAGGCUAGAUACAAAUCGAUUCAGUUUGGCCCUAUCCUCAUCAGAUGAUAAAGUUCUAGAGAUUGGCAAAGCGCAGGACAUUGGUUACUGCAAAUCAACAAAAAAAGAUGGCAAAAAUUGUGGGACGUGGGUAGAUGGUAGGAAAACUGAGUUCUGUGACUUUCACACCGACCUCCAGGUGCGACGCACCCAAUCUGUUCGUGCCGGGCUCAAUACCGGGGCGGGACAACUUAGCAUGGACAGUCGGACAGGAGUCUAUGAGCGUCGCAAAUGGACCAAUAAUCGGCAGGCCAUGCCAACCCCGAAAAAAGAAGGUCUCCAACCGAAGGGUGGUCAAUACGACUGGGCGAGCGGGUCAACAUACUUCGUGGCACCUGGUCCAAGAAACCGCGGCAACGGUCGUACCCCCUACAACCCCAUGAAUGAUGGACGUGGGGCAGCUGCUCUUGACAGAGACGAUGACCCCUUCAUCGCAGCUGGUAUGAUGGGAAGAGGCGCAGAGAACAAAGAAGAGCAGGUGCGCAGACGCCUUGCCGCGCAGCAACGUGAGCGCGACAUCACAACUAAGCUUAUAUCUGGCCGGACUGGCGGGUUGGGCGCUGAAUACCUCCGCACACGUACGGAUGAACCACCGUCUACCACUCAGAACAAUGGCAAGCCGUCCAACACACCAAAACCACCUCCGAGCAGUACCGAUUUCAAUCUGUCUAGUUUCGGCAGGGCCAAGAAUGUCAAGUUGGGUCCUAUGAAGCGCGCCCAUGACGGUGAUAAGCCCCAUGGCAGCGGUGUCAAAAAGACGCGUUUCAUCACAUCGAGGGGUAUCCGAGAAGCUGGUCGUGACAGCCUGGGCGGACCCGAGGCGACAGGAGGUCAGUUGCAGGUCCUUUCAGAUGAUGAUGACGAUGAGCUGGAGUUUGUUUGA